AUGGGCCGAGUCUUCCUAAAGCACAUCGGCGGCCAACGCCUGUACGUGUGCGCUGGUUGCGAAACGCCACUGACCAAUCGAAGUCAACUUCUCAGCACUCGGUUCACUGGAGCCACGGGCAGGGCCUUCCUCUUCAACAACGUCGUCAAUCUGACCUACAGCGAGGUCCAAGAUCGAGUGAUGCUCACUGGUCGACACAUGGUUCGCGAUGUGUCCUGCAAGAACUGCGACACUAAGCUGGGAUGGAUCUACGAGUUUGCUACGGAGGAGAACCAACGCUACAAGGAAGGCAAGGUGAUUCUAGAGCGAGCCCUGGUGAAUGAGAUAGACGGGAUGAAUGAGAUUGUUCACAAUGACUAG